ACGACGGGCGCCCCGCGGCCACGGCCGCCCUAUCCCGCGCUGGCCCCCGCGCAGCAUGCGGCCCCGCAAGGGCCUGGGCCCCAGAGGGGGCAGCUCCCGCGGGGGCAGCUCCCCCGGGGGCAGCUCCAGCGGGGGCAGUCCGUGCAGCAGGCCGACCACCGCACGACCACCGCCUUCCCGGAUCGCGUCAGCCAGAAGGAAGCGGACCCCGACGCCCCUCCGGCCACGGUCCUGCCCCCGCUGGGCGCGCUCGGCGGCGCCCUGGGCGCGGCCCGAGGCUCCCCCGGGGUAGGUGCGGCCAGCGGGCCCCCUGGCGGCCCCGGCGUCCCCGGCGGCCCCGCCAGCCCCUCCAAGAGCAACAAGGGGCUCGUCAUCCCCCCCAACCCCCCCGUGCCGCAAGAUUUCAUUCAGGUGUGGUCCACAGUCCGCGGCGUGGAGGUGGGCAUCGUGCUGCUGGUGCUCGUCGUGUGGGUGGGCGCCAUCGUGCUCUUCUUCAACCGGUGGGGAAAGAUCCGCAUGCUGCUGCCAUACCAGCCCGACUACAAGGAGCAGCUCAAGGUCCCUGGCACGGGGGCUUGCAGCGGCGGCGGCGGCGCGCCCUGCGCCGGCCAGCACGCCUCGUCGUGUUCACAGUGUGCACCUCAUAAGUGCCCCUCCUUUCCAGUUUGUCACAAUUUUGACAAGCAGGAGAGUGGCGCGGCGCGGCCGCGGCCUCCGGCCCCAACCCACCUGCACCACCUCCACUGGCCCGCGCACUGCAGCGCCGACGACGCGGACGAGUCCUGGCUGCGGACGCGCUCCUCCAUCCAGAUCCACCGGCCGCUGGCGCCGCUGGUACGGUCGCGCGUUAACUCGGCCAUCUACAUCAGCGCCGAGUGCCAGCACGCGGCCGCGGCGGCGGCGGCAGCCUCGGCGCAGCGGUCGGGGUCGACGGCGGGGUGCGCGGGCACCUCCUCGGCGAGCGGGUACGCGGGCUCGGCGCGCACGCUGGCCGCCUCGCUGCUCGCCUCGGGGCUGGCUAGGCCCUGGGCGCGGCGCGCGCGCUCGGCAGAGAACAUACCGCUGCACGCGGCCGUGUCGGUCAGCGGCGGCGCCGGCGGUGGCGCGGACGACGACGAGGACGACGCCGAGGACGGCGCCGGCGACGAGGAGGCGCCGAGCUUGUCGGCGGCGGCGCGCAGGAAGCGGCACCGCCGCCGAGGGCAGUACGAGAUGCCGGUGCUGUCCGUGUCCGGGCCCUCGCCGCCCGGCGACAACGAUGCGCCGGAGGAGCUGGAGCAGCACUUGUAGCGCGACUGGCCCGCCCCUGCACCCUGUGACCACGACAAGGCCGUGGACGGCCUGGACCACGGGGCCCGGGGCGGGCCGUGCGCCAAGUACUGCCUCCUGGAGGACAACGAGGGGCAGUCGGACUCACUGUGACCACAAUGUGGGCACCAGAAGUGGAUGGACGCUUUCAUGUGUAUGGCGUAGAGCGUGGAUGUACGAGUGUCAAUGAGUAUCUUUUUUCCUUUUUUAAAACAUACUGACUUAAAUUUAUUAUUUGAUCAUUUGAUGAACGCAAGGGAAACCUCUCCUCAUAAAAGGUACACAUUUUUUGCGCGAAUUCUUUGUGAAAUAUAUUUGGUAUCCUUUCUUACUCCCAUAUAGCACACUUCUAAUCUUGAAAAAAUUAUUUUACAAAGGAUUCCUGCGAAAAAUGAUUAAUUAGAGUAGGCUAAUGAAGUCUAAUAAAUAUGUAGGGUUUUUGUGUGUCAAUUGUAUUGGGUACAUGGCUGUACGAGUCUGAGAGCGAUGAAAAAACUACAUACACUGAAAUAGAACUGUUAUUUUUGAGAGCAUAGAGAGAAAAUCAAACAAUGAAAGCAGCAGGGCCAUUAAUGCGGCCCUCAGCUAAGCUUUCAACCAAUUGCACAUCAAUCUUGCAAGGAAAGUUUUGAUUUGCAAAAAGGUCGAUAUUUACACUGUAGUCUCAGUGUUGAUAAGUAACAAUUUGUAUUUAUUUUGUAUUUUAUCUUGUCAUUAUAUGGGCGAAGAUAUGUGUUGGCAAUCUUGAUGUGUGAUUUUAUAGCUCAAAAGUGAAAAAAUCUAGCUUACUGCCCAUGUUUGAAUAAUAUUGUCGGUCUUUGCCUUAUUUUGUCAAACUGUAGAGCUUUCUUGAAAGGGAAAUUCAUUACAAGCGCAAUUUUCUCAAUCCCUUUUCUAUCAUGUUUGCUCUACUCUCUUUUCCUUGCUUUGACGUAAAACCAAAUUUAAAAUAUUCGGUGUGGCGUGAUCAC